AUGUUUCGUCUUAGCUCAGGAUCCCUUCAGCUUGUGGUCUCAUCUGCUGUUGCAGAGCAGCAGAGGGGCUUUGCCACCCUUAAGGAUAUCUCUAUGCGGUUAAAGUCCAUCAAAAAUAUCCAAAAGAUCACCAAGUCAAUGAAGAUGGUGGCCGCUGCCAAGUAUGCCAAAGCUGAGCGUGACUUAAGGGGCGCACGUGCUUAUGGAGUGGGAGCGAAAACUUUUUUUGACAAUAUCAACCCAACGGGUGAAAGUGAACCGAAGGAGGAGAAACAAAAGCAGUUGUUAGUGCUCGUCACCUCCGACAGAGGCUUGUGUGGUGGUGUCCACAAUGCGAUUGCUAAGGAAGCCAAAAGCAUCCUGGCACAAGCUGGUCAAAAGGACAUUCGCGUUGUUUGUAUUGGAGACAAGGCAAAAGCUGCUCUUCAACGCCUUUAUUCCUCAAAAUUCAUCCUUACUGGAAAUGACAUCGGCCGAGCUCCACCAACUUUUGGUGAUGCAUCCAUUGCCGCCAAGGCUAUUCUCGAGUCAGGGUUUGAUUUUGACGAGGUAGCGUUCUAUCCUUUGAAGUUUUGUUCUACUUAA